AUGUCGAUCUUCUUGACGAAGAGCAGUGUGAAUGACAUGUUUGUGGUGGCAACUCCUCGAGGCGUGCAGCUCGCCCGAUCAGUCCGCCGGACGGGCCAACCAUGGGCCUCCGAGCAAGCUCUGGCUGAAGCCAUCAAGGGCGCUAAGCUGCGUGCUCCCAAAGCCGUGCCACUGCCAGAUGUGCCGUUGAAUGUCAUGCCACCGGCAGGACUUCCAGUGCGAGAGCAACUUGCUUCAGCUUCUCCUGCCGUUCCAGCAGUGCUGCCCGCGCAGGCUGAGGAGAGUGAAGUUCCAGCAGUGAUGCCUCCGAGCGUCGCAACCGCGGCCCCUUCUAGCCGCCCGACUUUGCUUCUCGAUCGUGGCGACCGCCGCCCUGUUGCUGCAUCGCCCAUGGAAAUCGCGGGAACUGACUCGCCUGUCACUCCAGGAACAUCCAUCGAUUACUCUCCGUCCCCAGCUUCUCUCCCGGACGGUCGUGUCCCGGAUGAUACUUUGCUUCAGGAUUUGAGAUCCCGGCCAGGCGGGGAUGAACCGUCUUCUGCAGUACCGCCGGAGCCUAAGCGGCCUCGCCUUCUCCGGAGUGUUAUGAUCAGGUCAGCCCGCAGCAGCAACGCAGAGGAACUCCAUCAUGCAGAUGAAACAUUGGAGUUGCAGUUUGAUGCUGAAGUUUCAGAAAGUUUGCAGAUGUAUGAAGAUGAGUUGAGCGAGCAGCUGCAUGAGCAGGAUGAGGAUUAUGAAGUGACUGCUGAAGGCAUUCCCAAGUGCCUCAUCCGCGACCUGUCGGAUCACGAGCCCGAGCUAAGUGCCGAAGAGUUGUUUGAGGCCGACAGGCAAGCCUCCCUCUUUGAAGUUGCCCGCCUUGGCGCCAAGAGCGUCCUUGUGCAGGUUGCAGGGCCGCUGCCAGGCCAUCGCACGUUGAGCACCAAGUUCGUUGUGUCAUGGCGCCAGAAAUGCAUAGGGGGCGAGGAGGUUUGGCUCAGAAGGGCUCGUUUGGUGGCGAGGGAGUUCGCCUUUCUGGAUCCCCAUCGCGAGGGUCUCUUUAGCCCUGCCAGCAGCUCCAUCGUGACUCGCAUCAUCCCAGCGCUGUUUAUGCAGCAGCGUGCCGCUGGAUGGUCCAUGAUUGCCGUCGACGUUGCAGAUGCUUACUUGACUUGCAGCCAGGGCGAGCCCACUGUGACUUCUGUGAAGCUUGGGCAUCAGACUUUGUGGUUUCGCUUGGACAAGUGUCUCCCGGGCCAGCGUGAUGGGUCGAGCCGAUGGUUCGGUGACUUCUCCGGUUACCUGGCCGAACACUGA